UUCUAUGUUUCGUUUUUACUUUCUCGUUGUUCACAUCUUUCGAUUAUUGAUACUGUGUUGGACAAUUGCGAUCGCGAAAUUUGUUUUUAUCUCACACUGAACUUAUUAUGACUCUGUUGUCGAUUGUGGAUUGCUGAAAAUGGCAGAAAGACAAUAAUCCGCUAUAUCAUAUAACGGAUAUUGUCGCAUAGCUAUUUAAAUAUAUGAUAUAUACAUAUCAAUUGUGUAUGUAUAAGAAACUAGUUGUAUGAAAAUAAAUAUAAAUGCAAAAAAAUUGACAUAAUAUUAGCUCAAAAGUUCAAUUGACCGGAGACUUGCUAGAGAUGACAAGAAGAUGCAUGAUACACGAUGCAGCCAUGACACCUGUAGCGGCUGCAAUAGCGGAUGGAGUCGUAAGUGUGAACCUGAGGAAUUCUGCAAUAGCUGUCCUUCAUCUUACAAUCCCAAGCACUAUCAUGAACUCUACAAUUUCCGAGCUAGAGGCUUAGUUGCAAGGGCAUCAGCUGAUUCGAGGGAUAAUUUGGUGCCAUUUGCUCCUCUCCAAUUGGAGUCACCAGUUGGUCAACUUCUGGAAAAAAUCUCAAAUACCCAUCCACAUCUACUAACAGCAGUCAUUGAUCAACAACUAGAGAAUCUUCAGAAUGUUAGAGAUGCUCAGAAAGAAUCUGAUCCAUCUCAGGAUUCCCUUUACAAGAGGAUAGCGGAAGUCAAAGAUAAAGAAAAGCGUAUAACAUUGGAAGAGAUAAUAUACUGCUCAAUUGUACAUAAAUUUUUAGAGAACAACAUUUCUAUGAUACCAAAAAUAUCAGCAACAUCAGAUCCUACUGGUCGAGUGGAUUUAUGGCCAAAUCAAGAGCUGAAACUAGAAGCGGUUCAUUCUCCAGAGGCAUUGGAGAUGAUUCAGAGUCACUUAUCUCUGGUACUAGGAGAUCGCCUUGUGGGUCCUCUCCAGACAGUUGUUCAAAUUAGUAAAAUUAAACUGGGAAAGUUGUAUGCUGCUUCUAUAAUGUAUGGAUACUUUCUUAAACGAGUUGAUGAACGGUUUCAACUUGAGAGGUCAAUGGGAAUCCUCCCCAAGGAUUUUGGAAAAGCUAAAAGUUACGAUGAACCAUCACCGGGUAUCAAGCUUUGGGAUCCUGAUUCCUUGAUCACAGUACAAGAUUAUGACGAUGAGGGUUAUAAUGACAGUGAUUACAUGGAUACUGAUGAAGACAAAUCUUUCAGACUAAGAGCUUAUGUGAUGCAGUUGGACGCAGAGACACUUCAGAGACUUGCUACUGUACGAUCGAAGGAGGCUAUAUCAUUGAUUGAAAAGCAAACUCAGGCCCUGUUUGGAAGGCCAGAUAUUCGUGUCUCCGACGAUGGUUCAAUUGAAACAUCCAAUGAUGAAUUGCUUUCACUCACUUUCUCGGGCCUGACUAUGCUAGUUUUGGAGGCAAUUGCUUUUGGAUCAUUCCUAUGGGACAAAGAAAACUAUGUUGAAUCCAAGUACCCUUUUCUUAAUGAGUAGACUAGAUGACAGUACACAGAUUCUUUCCUUUCACUGCAUGGAACUUGGUAACUUAGUAAUAUGUUAGGCGGCGUUUGGGUGGUCUUGCUAUCUUAACUGGUGUGCUUUCAAACUAUUAUAGAACCUGAAACAAAUCAUGGGCGUGGAGUUAUAUAGGAAAAUGUACAUAUUUAGCAUGUAGACAUGAUAAUAAUCUAUGCAAGCCUGGACUUUGUAAAUGAUACAGAAUCUCAACCUAGUAAAUAUUUUCAUUUUUGGUCUUUAA